AUGUGUGACGACGAAGUUGCUGCUCUUGUAGUCGACAAUGGAUCCGGGAUGUGCAAGGCCGGUUUCGCAGGAGAUGAUGCUCCGCGUGCUGUCUUUCCGUCCAUUGUUGGACGUCCUCGUCACCAAGGAGUCAUGGUUGGUAUGGGACAGAAGGAUUCUUACGUGGGAGACGAGGCACAAUCCAAAAGAGGUAUCCUUACACUGAAGUACCCCAUUCGAGCACGGUAUCGUCACCAACUGGGAUGA